GUUAACGAAACAUCCAUUGAGAAUAUUAGCGCUUUCGUAAACUCUUUCGUUAUUUCUUCACAUCAACGCCUAUGAUGAGCAUUCCCCAAAAUCCUCCGCCUGCUUCUGUUGGGAAGGUGAAUGUGGAAUUGUUGAAGUCGUUUAUUCUGUAUACUGUUGCCAGCACCUGUGUGGGUGUGAUGUACAUCCAGUGGACUCACAUAUGGAUGCUCAGAGCCGAAAUGGCUGAGAUAUCGCAGCGGUUCAGGCCUCUGGAAACAGCGGGGAAGGGAAGCGGGAUAUGCUGCGAUGCCGCCGCCUGCUGCGGGGUUAGCAGAUAUCACAGAUUUCCUGAGAGACAGACACGUGGACACGGCCGAGACACAAGAGAUGUGCAAGAACAGAAGAAACGGAGACAUAGACGACAAACAGAGCAGCACACAUUUCUUCAUCUUGUUCCUGUGUCCUCUCAGUCGUAUAACAAUCAUGACACCACUGUUCUCUCUUGGGCCCUUGGGCAGAGCAGAGGCGAGGGGCUUCAGCUAUCAGGUGACACUGUAACAGUGGUGACAGAGGGUACUUACUUUAUUUACAGUCAGGUGCUGUAUAAAGAUACCACCUGGGUCAUGGGUCAUGUGAUCACAAAAAGCCUCAGGGGUGCGGAGACUAAGCUGAUGAAGUGUCUAAAGAGCAUGCCCAGAAACACCAGCCAGCCACUUAACACUUGCUACACUGCUGGUGUUCACUUCCUGGAGUCUGGAUCCACACUUCAGCUCUCUGUUCCCCGCAAAUCUGCAGAGAUCAUCCUCACUGCUCACGCUACCUUCAUGGGCAUCUUUAACAUCUGAAACACACACACAAACUGAUUUUAGCCCCAUAUGAUAGAACUGAAUUUAGCCCCAUGUGAUAGAACUGAAUCUCAAACAAUUGCAAAUACCAUGCCCAGUGCUUUUAAGUGGUACACUGGGGACAUCUAGUGGACUUUUGAAAUGUUAUGGUACUUUAUAAAUGUGUUUCAAGGUUUAGGAAAAUACUACUGUAUAUGCAUGUCACUUAGAUGAGCGUUAAGUUUGGAUAACAGAUGACAAACAACAGUGCUGUGUUGGAAAAUGCACACUAUAAUGCUGUACUAAAUUUGAAAGUGAGUGGAGUGUUAUGUACCUGAGCCCGUAAUCAUUAUUACAAUGAUGUCACAUAUUCAAAUAAAUAUUCAGAGAAAGAAAGAAAAACAAUAAUAAUAAUGAUAAAAAAAACGACAUUUAUUUCUUUUUUUGUUUUUUUACAGAUUUACAAUGGUGAUAGGCUUCCAUAAUAAUCUUUGAGGUGCCAUGGUAAUACCAUUCAGGCCAACUUUUAAUGAGCAUGCAACAAUAAUAAUAAACAAAAACUUUAAUAAUGCUUUAUAUUGAACUGUACUUUUAAAAGGAUAGUUCACCCAAAAACUAAAAUGCUCUCAUUAUUUACUCCCCGUCAUGCCAUCUAAGAUGUGUAUGACUUUCUUUUUUCUGCAGAACACAAACGAAGAUUUUUAGAAGAA